AUGGGUGAGGGCCGCCGUACCGGACAGGUACAGGCCGGGGUCAGGCUGGGGAGGGAGCUCAAGCAACUCCCGGGUCUGACCCGCCUGAAGAGAGACGAAAGCCCCCUGAGCUAGGGGGACCUGCGGGGCUUCGUGCGCGCUGUGUUGGGGAGGGCGCAGGGCGCGCAAAUCGGUGCCGUGCUAGUGGCCAUGCCACUGGGAGGCAUAGAUCUGAAGAAGAAAGUGGUGCUGACCCAGGCCCUGGCCAAGUCUGGGCAGCAGCUGGAGCUGCCAGAGGCCUUCUGCCCGCAACUCAUGAACAAUUCUACAAGGGGAGUGGGUGGCAAGGUCAGCCUGGACCUGGUACCUACCCGGCUGGCUAUAGGCUACAAGGUUAGAAGAUGCCUCCUCUCCAGACCAGAACGUCUGACCUCAAAGAGGUCAGUUAGCAGCCUACAGGCAAUCUCCAACUUGAAGCCUGGCCUAGACAAAGUCCCCCAAUGGGGGGGUCCAGGCUUCUCACCCCCAGGAUGGAAUUUAGGUUCCCCCCACCCCAUCGGCCCCCAUCCCUGCCCAGCAGGUACCAAUGACCAACGGAUGUGGUCUGAGGUGCCCUGGUGGGGCAGGGAGGGGUGGGGCCGGGGAGGAAGCCCCGCCAAUAAACUGGAGUCUAUUCCCGGAUUCACCCUCAUCCAGAGUUAAGAGCAGGUACAGGUUAUAAACCUAUUCUUAAGUAGACAGCACAACUUUUAUUUGGUGUUUCUGAAAAUGAAUCAUCUCACUUCUCACACGCCACAUCUCCGAAAAAGCUCCAGACCCCUCUGCAUCACCACCCCCUCCGUCCUCAGUCAGAAGAUGGUGGACAGCCCAUCCCCUCCGGUGGUGGACUUGAAGUAUUCCCUAGUCACACCCAGCAGCUGGCAAGAGUCCUGGGGAGCACCUGUGCCUGCUGGAGUUCGUGUGUCCUACGGGAAUCCCAGUGUGGCUGUGGCCUGUUUGGGUAGGUCUUCUAACGUGAGCUCAACUUUCCCUCCCGGAUUCUCACCCCUGGCCCCCCGCCUCCGGCCGGCACCGCGCAACUCAUCCGGGCGCAGCCACGCGAGGCAUCCACUCCGGCGGGAGGUGGGAGCUGAACUGUAGGUCGGCGUGGGCCGGAGGCUGGCCCUGCAGGGGUCGUCGUGCCCUCGGACCGCGCGCCCUUCGCCACCCCCUCGUCCUUUGCCGACCUCUUCCCGCCGCCGCCGGCGCGCGCUGAUCGACACACUGCGGAACAGACGGCCGCGACGAAACCGCAGGAAGGCCGGCGAGACCGAGAGGAAGUGGGGGAAGUGGCUCCGAGGGAAGCCGGGCCGCCGGGGGACGGAGCGCGAAAGGGCGGGGCCAGGGAGACGCCCCGCCCAACUCUACGCUGGGCCCGCCACCUUUUGCGCACGCGCGCAGAGAAGCAGGGACUGGGGAGCGGGGACGUUCACGCUUGUCUGCGCGUGCGCCAUGCCCAUGAGCGUGCGCGCUGGCGUUGAGCGCACCGGUAGCGCAGGAAUCUGUCGACUCCGCUAG